AUGAACAAAGUUAUCGAGUACGGUGGAGUGGAAAAAAUUCCUCUGUAUAACUGCAGGUAGGCUCUCUAGGCUUCUUCCGUAUAAGAAAGUGUUUAAGCGCAAAGAGCGCUGAAGAAUGGACGGAAGAGUUCGGAAUAAAGCGUCCGGUCGUCGGGAUGAUCAGUAUCACGUACGGAGUAAUCAUGCAGAUCCUCUUCAUCCCCUGCCUGUUUGCAAUGCUCGAGUCCGACCUCAUCCGUUGUUCCUGCUACAAAAUCAUGUUCACCGUGGGCAUCGUGGACAUGCUGGCGCUUGCGAUGAACUCCAUCUUCACAGGCUUCCUAGCCAUGCGAGGAGCCGUCUUUUGCACCUAUCCAACCGUCAUUUACAUGGGAGGACUCUGUGGACUCGGUCUCUGGUGCUGCUCGUGUCUCUUAAACAUCUUGCUGCUCGUCAAUCGUACCAUGCACCUCUCCAACUCUAACCUCUCCGAUCUCUUUUUCAAAGGCCACCGAACCUAUUUCGCGAUGUUCAUCCCCAUAAUCUAUGGUCUCUACUUUGUGUUUUUCACUCCUACUUGUGUUUUUUCUUCCAAAUACUACGCGUGGUUCUAUGAUCCGUUUAUCUUUCCGAAUCGGACUGCCGAGGUGAGAAAGCAGUACGCUAGUGUUUUGCGCUUCAAGUCUUAGAUAUACAGUACACAAACGUCGAGCAUGGCUUCAACAAUGCGAUGAUCAUGAGCGGAACAUUCGUCUUCUACGGCUACAUCUGUUUCGUUCUGUUAAAAGCCAGCAGAUCCAACGAAGUCUCGAAGAUUCACGUCCAGGUAAAGCAGUUUCAGAUGGUCCCCCCGAACUCACAGAGACCUUUUCAGUCUCAUCAAGUCCUGUAUCAGUCGAUUGUAAUGUGCCUCAUCAACCAGAUCUCAGCGAGUGUUUACGUGGUGAUGAACUUCAUCGUCGUCCCCGUUUGGCUCAUAAUGUCGGCUCAGUUUUUAUGGCAACUGGACCACGGUACCAUUUCUCUCGGUCCCUUCCCUUACUCCUUACCCCACAGGUUGUCCCAUCAUCAUCUACAUGACUAUGAACCCGACGAUCCGAUCUCGUUUCCUUAAAAAAAUUACAUUCAAGAAGGUUCUUUCCUCUUUUUUUCUUUCUCUCAAAAAGAAAAAACGUUCCGUUCAGAGCAGCGAAUCGUACGUCCACUCAAGCACCGUUCGACCGGCCGUCCAGCGCAACACUCUAUAA